AUGUGCUUCCCACCGAUCUGUCAUCCAGCGACACACGUCCUGGGCUGCUUCGGCCUUCGACAGGGUGCUGGGGGCGUGCUGGUCUUGAACGCCCUCUAUGGGCUCUGCCUGGUCAUUGUCCAUGCGCUUCUGCUCGGGGAGAUCGACAAGGAGCAGGGCGCGCAGGGCGCCGCUGACCGUCAUGUGGUGAAUCCCGGGAUGCAGCCUCGACAGGGCCUCCCUCAGCUCCCACCGCCCGUCAAGAACGAGGGUGUCGGCUGGCUAAUUCAGCUCCUUGACCUGGACAUCGGCUGGGGCCAUCGACUCCUCGGCUUCGAUGACCAGAGCGACCUCAUCGCAGGUCUCGUUUACGGCAUCAUCAUCAUUUGCAUCUGCGCGUACACCUUCCAGCAGAUCAACGCCCCACGCGUCGGAGGUGAGUGUGUGAACCUGCCGACGGUGAGCCGCUGGUUCGUGGCCUUCAUGAACCUCGAGCUGCUUCUGUACCUGGGGCUGGUGGCCAUCAAGCUCCCUCUGCUCUGCAAGCUCCAGGCCGAGUUCAUGCCGAACCUUGGCAUGGAGUGCGAGGUUCAGCGGUUCAUGUUCCUCCAGCGAGUGCUGUUCUUGACAGUGGCGGCGUCCAUGUGCAUCUGGGUCUUUUCAUCUUACGCCUUCAGCCUGACGUUCGGGAAUGUGACUAUGGACCAGCCCGAGUUCGCUGAGCAGCUGGACAUCCGGGAUGCGGCCUUGACCGGGAAGAUGGACUACGGCCCCCCCGGGAUGGCGAGCAUGAACGGCAAUGGCUUAGGCCCUGGGGGCCCCCCGAGACGUCCUGCCUCGAUCGCUCCCGCCUACCAGACCAGGCACAGCCUGUCGCCCCCGACGGGCGCACCCCAGCGCAACUUGAUGGGGGCUCCGCCCGCGGCUUCGUUUCAGUCUGGCAGAGGCGGGGGCGGCGGCUCGCGCACUUCCUACCACAUUGGGAGUAUGGCCCGCGCCGGGAGCUCGAUGGUCUCCAGCGGCUCCGGGGAUCCGGAGAUGCAAGCGCUGAUCAAGCCUCCCUUGCACGUCUUCUGA